AAAAACGCGGAAACAAAAGAAAUAAUCAGUUUGUCAAAACAAAUAACAGCGAGUCGACAGAAAGUGAGCGUAGUUGUAGCUGACAGCUGUCAAAGUAAACACCGUAGCUUCGCUUACCCUGUCUGAAAGGUUUGCCAUGGCUUUGAAGAGAAUACAGAAGGAGUUAAAUGACUUACAGAGGGACCCUCCAGCUUCAUGUUCAGCUGGACCUGUAGGGGAGGACAUGUUUCACUGGCAAGCUACCAUCACAGGACCGAAUGACAGCCCAUAUCACGGAGGAGUAUUCUUUCUUUCUGUCCAUUUUCCCACUGACUAUCCCUUCAAACCACCAAAGGUUGCCUUUACAACGAAAAUCUAUCAUCCAAACAUAAACAGCAAUGGUAGCAUCUGCCUUGACAUCUUGAGAUCACAGUGGUCACCUGCGCUUACAGUAUCAAAAGUUUUAUUAUCCAUAUGCUCCUUGCUAUGUGACCCAAAUCCUGAUGAUCCACUAGUCCCAGACAUUGCUCACAUCUACAAAUCAGAUAGACAAAAGUACAACAAAGUAGCCAGGGAAUGGACUCAGAGGUAUGCAAUGUAAAGGACUGAAGUUUCAGCAGCAAUGACGCAUCCCUGAACACCUCAAAAUAUAAGGUUUCAACUGCUCAUCCACACUGGUUCUAGUUGAGGUGUUUUAUACGCUUGAAGCACUUUCUGUACUCGGACUUUACUUGACUUAACCGUUUUUACUGUUUUAUUUUAUUUUUCCCUUAAAUUGGCAUUACUAUAUUAUUAUUAUUAGUUGUGGUGAGAUGGCCUGAUUGUAUUUUUCUUUUAAUAGAUUGUACAAGACUGUACUGAAUUCAUUUUUCAUUAUUUUGCAUUAAAAACGUUAAUCAAAA